CAAAUUUAUAUGGAGCUUCUCGCCCAGGCGGAACCUGCUCUGCUGGGCCUGGCGGCUGCAGAAAAACUUUCUUUCUCCCGCCCCAACGGUUGCUGCGGCCAACUGCCUCACCCGCCUGGCAGCCUAACCCGCCAUCUCUUCCCAUCCUGUCCGGCUCUGCGCGGCCGUGUUUUCCAAUCUCCUGGCGGUAUCCGCUUGCUGUUGUCACCGCCUCCACGUCUUGUUCCCGGCCAACUGGCCCGCCCCGCUGCAGUGAUGUGCGACAAGGAGUUCAUGUGGGCCCUGAAAAACGGAGACUUGGACGAGGUUAAAGACUAUGUGGCCAAGGGAGAAGAUGUCAACCGGACAUUAGAAGGUGGAAGGAAGCCUCUUCAUUAUGCAGCAGAUUGUGGCCAGCUUGAAAUCCUGGAAUUUCUGCUGCUGAAAGGAGCAGAUAUUAAUGCUCCAGAUAAACAUCAUAUUACUCCUCUUCUGUCUGCUGUCUAUGAGGGUCAUGUUUCCUGCGUGAAAUUGCUUCUGUCAAAGGGUGCUGAUAAGACUGUGAAAGGUCCAGAUGGAUUAACUGCCUUUGAAGCCACUGACAACCAGGCAAUCAAAGCUCUUCUUCAGUGAUGGAUGAAUGGACUGAUAACUCUUGAGGAAUGACUCUCCUGUGGCCUCACACUGCUGCCUGUCUGUCUGUCACUCUCUAUCUGCCAGCUUCUUCAGCUAAAUACUUUAAGAGGGGUGAGGGGAGAGAGAAAUUCAUAACAAAUCAGGCUACCAGAAAAGAAAAUGUUUUGGAAGAGGGGGAAAAAACACGAUCGGGCUUUUACCAGGAUUCCUGAUCAAGUCUGCCUCUUCCAUUUCUAAUAAAAUAUACAGCUUAUACCCAAGGGAGAGCAAAGAUAAAAUACACCAUUGACAUUUGACCUUUUCAGCUCCCUGGCUAAUUUAUUAAUUAGAUUGUGUUGAAGGUCGGAUUAUACAAAGGCCAACUAUACAUAUUUAGUAGCCCUAACUGUGCAAGCAGUAGUGGCUGCUGUGAUGUAAACUUAGGGUGCUGAGAUAAGCAAUUAGCUACAGCCUUCUGCCUUAAGAAUGCACUCUAAUGGAGAUUUCUUGGCGUAGUUAAGAACACUACCUGUGGUUGGUGACCAGAUCUUUCCUCAGUGACUUUAAGCUUUAUGUGAAAGCUCACUUAAGAUGAGGAGGGGCACACUCCCAAAUUGCUGGAUGACUGAACCUUGGAUUUCCUCUCCCCUUUCACAUGGAUUUCAUGUAUCUUUAGAUAAUACUGACUAGUUUUAUUUUUAAAAAAUCUUAAAUUUUGGAAGUCUAAAGGAGAAAUCAUUCCAGGAUGAGUAUUUUUUUUCUCCUCUAGAUUCAGACAUCUAUGUAACAUUGAAACACUUGCAAACUCCUGCUGGUAGUAAAAGGGGAUUUAAAAAUAGAAUCAUAGCCAUACGCUUGUUUGUUUCAUAAAAAGAGAGCAGUUGUCUUAGUACCUAUGGAUUUUCUUCAUUUGCUGUUUGAGUGGAUUGAACUCACUUGUGUUUGGAGAAUCAAGGAACAUUCUUUGAAAUGCCUCUCAGACCCAUCUUGGAUGCUGAUUACUUACUGCACCAAAGCCUUCACUGGGGUGAGAUUUACUAUUUGGACAAAUUUAACCUCAUCCCUUCAGAAACGAUGCUUGUUAACCAGGUUUUCCUGAGUUGUUGAUAGACUUCUGCUGAUCCUAUGUCAACCCCUCUCAUAAUAUAUUUUUAUUUCUUCUAUAAAUCUUGCAUUGCAUAAAAUGUGAUGCCUUCAAAUUGUAUUCUGCAUUCUUAGAAUAUAAUGCCCUAAAAUGAUGUUCUUACGAAACAGAAAAUAUUUGGACACAUCCAAAUGUUUAUUUCAUAAGUAGUGUAACUUAAUUAUUAAUACAUAUACCCUUAAAUUUGAUACAUCGCUUUUAAAACAUUAAGAUUCCUUUGACUUGCCAUCCAUAUAAGCUUAUUAAAAAUAUUAGGGUUUUUCCUUAGCCAGGUCCUGCAGUAAUUGAAUAUACUUCAAAUUCUUGAACAGGGGGAAAACGGUGGGUUAGGAAAUUGUAUUCAGAUUGUGGAUAAUGAGGAAUUAAUAAUCAUUUUUUCAGGCAAUGUAGCAUUCUACAGCAGGGUUAAACUUACCAAGAGCCAUCAGCCUAGCUAAUGACAAAUCUUACUGAUCAGUUGCUGAUUCACUGGUUGGCAUAUGGGUUUAUGUGUUGUGUGUUUUUCUUCAGGAAUCCUUUUCUUAACCCAUGGCUUUUUCACUCAAAACUAGCCUAAACCUGUAAUUUUUCAGAGUCCAAGAAAAUCACAAAAUAGUGGUGUAAAUACUUUCACAUACCUGGCUAAUUCUGCUGCCUAUUAGAAUUGGAUUAAAAGUCAGUAAUCAGUACUUUGUUACAUCACUGAACCAAACUAUGGAGACAUCCUCAUUGGAAAUGGAGGGCACUCUGUCAGUCUGUAAUUAUCACAGUAGGCAACAAGGUAUUUUCUUAUCUUUGUUUUCACCUCUUAACAUAAUGUUAUUUAAAAAGCUUGAAUUUUGCCCUUUACAUGAUUUCCACCUUUACUUUCAAAGUGUUUUGUUGUAGUUGGCUAUUGCAGAGAGUGCAUUGUCUCAUCAUUCCUAAACCUGGUCUGCUUUCUACAGUCAUUGUGGUAUACAAACCAUGUGAUUCUUUGUACAGUUUUUCCUGAUGUUCCUUAUAAUGCAGUAGAGGCUAUUUUGCCCUCCUCUUCUUUCUCAGCCAUUUUGUAAACCCCAUAAUUAAGAAGCGAUUGCUUGAGA